AUGCCUAUCUUUAAAUCUUCACUACCUCCGAUUGAGGUACCAUCGCACCUACCAAUAUGGAAAUGGCUAUUUGACUCUGAAUACAGUCCAUUACGACGGUACAAGCUCGAGGAGCUCGGAGGCUAUACGAACGCUAUCACGAAAGAGCACCUUAGUUACAGUGAUUUGAGGUUACACACCAUCCAUCUCUCCACGGCACUUGUGAAGAGAUAUGGCCUACAGGAAGGCCAAACAGUCAGCAUAUUCUCUCCCAACACCGUCUGGUACCCCUGCGUCAUGUUUGGCACUCUACGUGCUGGCGGGAUUGUGUCUGGAGCCUCGCCCGCAUAUAAUGUUGAGGAAUUAGCAUUUGCACUCAAAACUGCUGAAGCCAGAUUUCUCUUCACGGCGCCGAGUAUCUUACCAACCGCGGUGGCCGCGGCUAGGACUGUGGGAAUACCACAGGACCAUAUCUUCCUCAUCUACGGCGAGGCGCAGAACUUCACCACGUUGAAUGAAUUACUGGAAAUCGGCAGGUCGUAUGACACUUGGGGACAAGUCGAGCAGUUCAGGGUGCCACCGAAUAAGCAAAACAAGGACAUCUGCGCUUUUCUCUCCUUUUCGAGCGGAACCACAGGUCUUCCCAAGGCUGUCAUGGUGGCGCAUUCGAAUAUAAUCGCUCAGUGCCUACAAGUGAGCCAGAUGACCCCGGGCUCUCUACGCCGAAUCCUUGCAGUCCUACCUCUUUUCCACAUAACUGGUCUUGUGCAUCAUCUGCAUUUGCCUUUUCUACUCAAUGCCAACGUAUAUCUACUGCCUAGCUUCACAAUGGAGUCGACACUACAGAGUAUACAAGAUUAUCAGCUCGAAGAAGUGCUCCUAGUGCCACCGAUAUUAAUCCGUAUGGUACGCGAUACGACGCUACUUCAAAGAUACAACCUCACCUCGUUGCGGCGACUUAUGUCAGGUGCAGCGCCCUUGUCUGCAGAGAUUCUUGCAUUACUCCAGCAACAUUUCCCCAACACGGGGUUCAAGCAGGGCUAUGGAAUGACAGAGUCCUGCUCAUGUAUCACUCUCCACCCACCGGAUAAAUAUGAUUAUAAAUACGCGACUCGAGUGGGAACGAUCGUACCUUCGACAGAGAUAAAACUGGUUGAUCCGCAAAAGGGCACAGAGUGCGGAAUAAACGAGCCUGGAGAGAUAUGGGCUCGCGGACCUCAAGUUGUUAUGGGAUACCUGAAUAACAAAAAGGCUACCGAAGAAACCUUCGACAAAGAUGGGUUCCUCCACACAGGUGAUAUCGGAAGUAUUGACGAAGAGGGAAUGGUUACCAUUACAGACCGUCUAAAAGAGAUGAUCAAGGUUAACGGUAUCGGAGUGGCUCCUGCCGAGCUUGAAGAUCUGCUUUUGGGUCAUGAAGAUGUCGAGGACGUGGCUGUUCUGGGUGUCAAGGACGACUACGUGGGUGAGCGUCCUAAAGCGUAUGUCGUCGCAAAGCCGCUCAUGCAAAAGCACGAAAGUCUCGAUGCCUUGCGCAAACGGCUCUUUCAGUACGUCCAAGAGAGAAAGGCGCGAUAUAAAUGGAUCACCGAAAUCGAGUUCACGGACGAAAUCCCCAAGUCGGCCUCCGGAAAGAUCCUAAGAAGAGUCCUUAGAGACACAAUGUCUCGACGUGGGAGUGGCCUCAGAAGUCAAGGUAGUCCGCGAGCAACCAAGAUGUAG